UUUCGUAUGAAACAGUUCUUUAAAUUUUCAACAUCUGUGAAUGUGAAAUAUUUUAAAUCCAUGUCGUGUUUUUAAUUUUCCUCCAGCGCAUAUUAUGCGAGAAGUUUUAUUGUCAAUCCUUUAUUUCCUAUCAUUAUUUUAAGUGGCAUCAUCGAAUGGAACAAACUGUAAGGCGGAGCAAAUUCGCGCUCAAUGAACCAUUGAAACUAGAUCAAUCGACAGAAGUACCAGGUUCCGUAGUGGAACUUCUGGCAUGUCACCAGCUGGAAGGGAUUAGGUUUCUCCAUCGCGGUCUGAUACAGAAUAACGGCGUAAUACUGAACGAUGAAUCAGGAUUGGGUAAGACUCAUCAAGUAGCGGGCUACUUAUCAGCUGUCGUUGGACAUUCGGAUAAAUGCGUCAUUGUUUGCGAUAGCGUGGAACGUAUACAUCACUGGAUGUACCAUUUGGAGUUGUUCACGGAGCUGAAAUCUGGGAUUAUUGAAAACUAUGAGCAGGAUGAAAUAUCGGAUAAUCGGGAAAUAUUUCUGACUACAUUUGCUGUGUUUUCAAAAAUUCAACAACUAGACCAAAACACGGGUAUCAAAUUUGUAAUCUUAGACGAAACUAAAAGCGCUUCUGCUGACUCUGUUUUGUUGCAACGAAUCGCUGACUUGAAAUUCAGCAAAAAACUAUUCAUAAUCUCCGAUGAUUUGUGGAACAAUUUGAAACGUUUUCACGCGAGGCUCACGAUUUGUCAAGAGCGAGUAUUGCUAAACGCAUUGGACAACCUUCUUGAAGCAGUACCCGGUUGCACUCGGUCGCCGCUGACGAAAACGAAACAGCUUAAACUUUUCUUCCUCUCAAGGGGAGUCUAUCUGAGAAGAUAUCGCAACCAUUACAGGAGUACUUUGCCAUUGAUAGCAAAGAGUGAGUUCGAAUCAUAUUUUGCAUCUUGGAUGAUUGCAAACGGAUUGGUCAGCGAGCCGCCACUGGAAGAUUCACAGCCCAUAUCGGACGAAACAAUGGUUCGGGGAGUGAAGUCUCGAUUAAACAACAAUAUCUGUGAUAAAAUGUUCGAUAUUAAUACUAGUCGUGAGAGAUGCAUUGGAGAAGAAGCAGAUGAUGCAUCGUGUCUUAACGAUGCAAUUCUGGGAGGUAUUGGAAACACAAGUUGGGAACAAGUUGAUGAUUCUCAAAAAUCGGAUGAUGACAAUGACUGCAUGGUCGGUGUUGUGAAAUAUCAAGUUAGCGAGCCACUUUUUGAUUUCGAACAAUGCACAGAAGAUAUGCCUAAGCUAAAGAUGGAGAGUUCAGAUUCCGAGAGCAGGCCGACAACGGAUGGUGAAGGAGAGCAUCUUUGUACGAAACCAACGGGUAUGUCAUCUCAAAACGCUAGCAACAACUUUGAAGUACCUGAAACUGAAAGGGAUACCGAAACUCCCGCUAUUGACGAGCGAAGCGAAUCUGAGGAUUAUCUAGACUUUGGUCAGGUUCUGGACUGUUCAACACAAAUCGAGUGUGUAGCUGAAGAGACGGAUACCCUGCCAACCGAAGACAAAUAUCAUUUCCCGAUCGAUAGACUCUUGCGACGACGACAAACUCCAUCCUCCUCAUCCACAGACAUAGAGAUCCUCUCGAACAAGAGUACCACUGCCAAUCCCGUCGUGAAUGUUCAGUCUAGUUCCAGUUCCAAUGGCGCGGCUGAUAAAUCGAAAUCACCCGAACUGUUCACCGACGAUAGUGAAAAUGAGUUGGAUGAAACGUUGCAGAUUAGCUCGCAGGAUUCCUUCAUCGAUCUUCUGCACAAAACUCCAGUUAAUCUGGAGAAAACGUUGAAGGCCAAUGUGGGACUCAAAGCGAUGCCAAAGAACGUAAGUACACCUAUAUCCACCCUCAUGUAUGGUCAGCUUCAAAUGGAAACUGAAGAUUCGUAUGUGGAUGAUUCCUCGAAUGAUAUUUUCGCCGAUAUAACGGUUAAAAAUCGAACGGACAAUGUUUUCGAAAUUACUGAGAACAACGCAUUCGGGAACAAAAUUCAAAUCGUCACUGAUAAUGAAAGGCCAUCCUCCGUCGGGGACACGGAUGAAGUGGAGUUCGUAUGCGUGGUUCGAAAAGCGGGAGACCCAAAUGAUGUCAUCAAUUUGGAUACCGAGGCUAGUGCACCUAAAAAACAAAUCGGUUGGGGGGCCCAACUGACAGAAAAGACGCCACCAAAAAGCGGCUCCACAACACCCCAGGGAUGGCUAACGAAGUCCAGUCGAGCGUCGCCCUCGGUGAAUGGUUCACCAAGAACACCCACCACCAACAACGGGAAAAGCGAUGAUCGGGGGAGUAGUCGACGCUCGAGAGGGGGCUCUAGUGGGAGACGAAAAAGGCUCGAAAGUUGGUUUAAAGAUGAUGACGAGUUCGCGAGCCGGCAGCGUGUGGGGACCAGCAGCAAUCGACGAAGGUCUGCUCCAGUCGGAGGUAACACGAGAAAGCCCUCCCCCAAGAAGAAGUGCUUCCAAGAGAGACUUCUCCAGCAAUAUAAUAAAAUCUUAGUGUCCCCUAGUGGAAUUGAUAGCGAUUUUGAAUGAAUGCAUGGAUGGUAGAGUAAAUCCAUGACCAUGUACCAUUAUGACAACAAACUUGACUGAUUAUAAAGUAUUAGACGAAUGUAAAUAAAUUCAAUU